AAAAAAUUGGGAUUAAAAAAAAAACAAUCUCUCUUUUCUUUUUGAGGACUUGCGCGUUGUUCUGAGUUCUCUCUUUCUCUCUCUCUCCGCUUGAAUUGACUUUCAAUUAAUUCUAGCAAAACCCAAUUUUGCUUGUCAAUUCGAAGAUUUGGAUUUGUCUUUGUUUGGUGAUUGUAAAACUUUGCGUGGCCACGAUUUUCUGCAGGGGAUCAACAGCUUUGUUUUGAGGCUCAAAUUCGGUUACUGGGGAAUAUUGAGGUUGCAAAGAGAUGAUGUAAGAUAUAUCCGGUGUGCUGCCUUUCUGAAUUGUGUUUCUGUUAUAAAGUAGUCCAAAUUAUGCGUUGGAUUGUCUUUCCUCGCACGAGUUUGAUUUGUAUGAAUUUUCGUAAAUCAUCUACUCAAUAGAAGUGGACACAUUUCUCAGAGGAUUAAACUCUUCAGGGCCAUGGAGAAUUCUUAUGAGACGUCUAAUGGGAAUGGGCUGACUGACAAUGGCCACAUGGUCACGAGGAACUCUUCUUGUAAACCCUGCGUAAAGGUUUCUCUACCUUGGUUUGAUUUGAGAGUUUUUUAUGUUCGAGUUAGCAAAUGUGAGAUUGAUGAUUCCACUCCUGAGUACCUCACACUAAACCAUGUUCCACUCAACCGUCAUACACUUCUUGAAGUCAAUGGUGUUAGAACAAGCAUAUAUUCUGAUGGGGUGUCAACCCUUCUUAGAAGGGAUCGAUUGGAUAAAAAGUCUGAAGAAGCUACUUUUGUGAGCACUGAUAGUAUCAGGAUGACAGGAAGUGUGAAAUUUGAGGUCUUUGAUCAAGAUCUUCUCUUGUUAUCUGGGGUUUUGGAAUUGCGUACUAGUAAUGGUUUUUUCAGCGAAUCAAAUAAUCAGGGCCAGGAAUGGAGCAUGAAUUGUGAAUCUGACGUGACUGUGGGUACUGGUUUCUUUAAGGGAAAGCAAGUGUUGGGGCCAGAAUUGGCUUCACCUAUAAUUGAGGUCUACAUUGCAGGGUCCUGUUUGGGCACUCCAAUUAUCUUAACAAAAACUCUGCAACUGGGUCAUCGAAAAAAGCAUGUGAGGAAGGGCAGGUUGGAUGCAAUACCCGAGUAUGAGGCAGCUGAAGGACAGAAAGAUGAUCCUUCCAGGCUUGCUUUGCAGGUACCCCUUUGCCAAUCUAAAUUUGUGUCAGAAUUUCCUUACGACAAACCAGAAAGCGAAGAUGAUUACAACAACCGGUACUCUGGGACAGCAUAUUUUGAAGGUGAUGAUGGAGAGCUUUCAUGGUUCAAUGCUGGUGUAAGAGUGGGUGUUGGGAUUGGCCUUAGCAUUUGUCUUGGAGUUGGAAUUGGAGUGGGCUUGCUGGCCCGAACCUACCAAGGCACCACCCGCAACUUUCGGAGGCGGCUACCGUAAUCCAGACUUUCCCUGUUUUGCAGGCUUCUGACCAAAUUCCAUCAAUUUAAAUCAUUAACGGUCCCAAGUCAGUUAACUUGGUGGUACUUCUGGCAUGUCCCUGUUGUCAGCAAGUUGGCUUGUUCCGCAAUCAAGUUCAUGCAAUGCAUGCUUCGACCCACCUUAGUUUCUUCUGGGGCCAAGCCUUUUGUCUGAUAUAAAAGGAUCGUUGGUUCCAAAUGCACAACCACACAAGAAGGAAAUCUCACAGCAUCUCUAACUUGGUGCUGUCUGCAGCGGCUUUCUUAUAUAUAUAUAUAUAUAUAUGGUUCUGCUGCUUUUGUUUUGUAAAGCGUUGAUAGCAGUGAAGUUUUGGUAAUGGAAGUAAAGACAGAAGCCUUCGACGGCUCGCGACUCAACUUGUCUUUGUACUUAAUUUUGUUUGUCCGCCUUGCUUGAUGACUGUGUUAUAGUUAUUCCAGUUUCUGUCACAGAUACUCGGUAGUAGAGAGAAGGCAAUUUUUUCGGAGAGGGAUGAUAUCAUGUGUAUGUUCCUGCGUGUAUUUUCAGUGUGUUCGAUUUAAACCGAUCACGAUUUCCAAUAA